AUGGUUUUAGGUUUGGUCAAUGUGGGUGCAACCUUUCAAAUAGCUAUGGACAUUGAUUUUCGAGGUAUCAUUGGGACAUAUCUCAUUGUUUAUCUUGAUGAUCUAACAGUUUUUUCAAAAGAUCGCAACAAUUAUCUCUUCCUUUUGGAAGAUGUUUUAAGAAGAUGUCAUGAACAUGGGAUAUCUUUGAACCCCAAGAAGUCAAUUUUUGGUGUUAUUGAAGAUUCAUCAUUCAAAAUGUCAGGUGGAGGAAGACAAGGGUUGUACCCACUAUGGAAGUAUGUUGAUCGUGUUCCGGGGCCGAAAGGUUUAGGUGGAACAGCCACUAUCAAAUGCAAACUUUGUAAUUUGGGAUGGAAAGGGGCAAUUACUACAACUUACAGUCAUGAUAUAGAGUCAGAGGUGGAUGUGACUUCUAGAGGUUUAGCAACUGGACCGGCUCCCAAAAGACCACACAUUGACAGCGCAAACCCCAUUGGAAGAUUGUUUGAUGUGCAAGGACGACAAGCAGUUGGUGCAGCCAUUGGACGAUUCUUUUAUGCAAAUGGAAUAUCAUUCAAUAUGGCUCGCUCUCCAUUCUAUGAAGAGAUGGUUCGUGCUAUCAAUAAUGCACCAGCAAGCUAUAAACCACCUGGGUAUGAGAAGCUUCGCACUACUCUUGUUGAUAAAGAAAAAAGUCUAUUAGAGGAACAAACUGCACCAUUGAAAAGAGUGUGGGCUCAAGAAGGAUGUAGUAUUGUGAUGGAUGGGUGGACAAAUGCUAGGAAUCGUCCACUACUUAAUAUCAUGGUAACAUGUAGCAAAGGGCCUUAUUUUUUGAAGGCAAUAGAUUGUUCAGGGCAAAAAAAAAAUGCAAGAUUUCUUCAUAGCCAACUAUGUGACAGCAUUGAGGAGGUGGGGGCAUCACAUGUAGUCCAAGUUGUUACUGAUGCUGCCCCUGUUUGUAAAGCAGCGGGCAUGUUCAUAUGUAACCAUCACCACACACAAGCCAUUUAUCGUAAAUAUGCCAAGGUGGAACUUCUCAAACCUGCUGACACACGUUUUGCUUCUUACUUCAUUCUUCUUGACCGCCUUUGUGAAGUCAAAGGAGCUUUGUGUUCCACGUUUGUUAGUGAUGCAUGGGCAGCUUGGAAACAAUCUACAUCAGAUAUUGCAGUUGAUGUGAGAGCUAUGGUCCUUGAUGAGCAUUUUCGGGCUGAUGUUAAGUUUGUUGUGGACUUUAUUAAGCCCAUAUGUGAGGUGAUCAAAUUUGCAGAUUCAGAUAAGGUAUGUUUGGGAGAGGUUUAUGAAGCAAUAGAUUCCAUGUGUGAAAGAGUAAAGAAGAUAAUUGAUGCCAAAGAUAUUUCUCUAUAUCCUUUGAUAGAAGAAAAGUUACAUGGAAGGUGGAACAAACUUAACACACCUCUUCAUUGUGCUGCCUAUGCCCUUAAUCCUAAAUGGUAUGAUAUAGAAGUGACCAAAAAGAGAGCUCCACAUUAG